CGCGGCGCGCGUCACGUUACGCAGCUCGGCCCAAUCAGCAGAAACUUUUUACAACAUUUUUUUUUUUUUUCUAAAGAUGGCGACCGCCGAACCGGAAACCAACCCGAGUCCCCCCCAGCCUGAUGAAGAUGCAGCUAAAGAGACUGGACAAGAGAUUGUGAACCCAGAGGCCUACAUCAAACACCCCCUCCAGAACAGAUGGUCCCUGUGGUUCUUCAAGAACGACAAGAGCAAAACAUGGCAGGCCAACCUGCGACUCAUCUCCAAAUUCGACACGGUUGAGGAUUUCUGGGCACUUUACAACCAUAUCCAAUUGUCAAGCAACCUCCUGUCGGGCUGCGAUUACUCCCUUUUUAAGGACGGCAUCGAACCCAUGUGGGAGGACGAGAGGAACAAGCGCGGCGGCCGCUGGCUCAUCACACUCAACAAGCAGCAGAGGAGACAAGACCUGGACCGCUUCUGGCUGGAGACGCUCCUGUGCUUAGUGGGCGAGGCCUUCGGCGACUGCAGCGACCAGGUGUGCGGCGCCGUGGUCAACAUCCGCACAAAAGGAGACAAAAUAGCCGUGUGGACCUCGGACUACGAGAGCCGUGACGCCGUGACGCACAUAGGGAGCGUUUACAAGCAGCGCCUGGGGCUCCCGCUGAAGAUGACCAUUGGCUACCAGUCUCACGCUGACACGUCCACCAAAAGCGGUUCAACCACCAAGAACAGAUUUGUGGUUUGAGGGAAAACGUCCGAUGUGCCUUCCUGUUUGUUUUCUUGUCUUAUUUGUUGUCGGUUCAUGUGUUUGCUGACUCGUUGGAAUGCGAUCUGGAAGAAAGAACAAAAUAAUUCACUAAUAGUAAAAAUAACCCUGUUUCUGUUACCUGCCGGGGUCUCGAACCACAGCGGAAAAACAUGAACUACCAGACGAACAUGAAACUUCCCAAACACUAACAAUAAGACGGUGAUUUAGAGGGCUGCUCACUCUACUAAAGACAUUUGUGUUGGUUUUUUUCUUUAAUGUUGAGGAAUCCUAAAAUGUUAAAAAAAAGGUUCUAUAUCUAUAUCCAUUUACUACAGGCUCGUUGGUUUGCUUAACGAAUGAAAGCCCUUUUAAUUUAUUUUUGAUUUGCCUACAUAAGAUUAGAUUGUUAGACCUUUUUGUUUUUGCUUCUUAUGCCUUCGAUUGCACUCAAUCGACCUUUAAAAAGUAUUUCAUGACUCAUAUUCAUUUGAGCGUUAAUAUAAUUAAAACAUGGGUUUUGCAAUUAUUA